UGACGAUUCAGGGGUCCAGUUUAAAUUUUCCUUAGAACACUUCGCAUACCACAUCAGGCAUGGGGAAUCACGUGUUUCAGCUUCUGUCUCUCACAGAAGUCAUCCUUCUCGUCUUGUCUGUACCCUAUAAGUACACCCUAGUCCGUCAGGGGAAAAAUUGGAAUGAUGCUCGGACUUACUGCCAAGCCAAUUACAUUGACCUGGCUAUUGCUGGAGACACUAAAGACAUGGUCAAGCUUCAAAACGGGGCACAGAAGCAACAAUUCACUUCCAGUGCUUGGAUUGGCUAUUACAAUGAUGUUAAUAGCUGGCGCUGGUCCCUGGGAAACCAGUCACAGGAGAUAUGACAGAUUGGUAUGCCGGUGACCCUACCUAUAAAGUGGAAGAUUGUGCUGCUCUGCAUUCUCAGUGUUGGUUUGAUAUUUCAUGUUCAGCAACACUUGCCGCUGUGUGCUUUGAUGCCAAGAACACUGGGUCUAGCAGAUACAUUGUUAUUUCUACUACUAUGACAUUUAAUGAUGCUCAGAGUUACUGCAGACAACAUUACACAGACCUGACCAAUGUUACAACGGUAGAGGAAAAUACAAUUAUAAAAGGAAAAGUUACUGGAAGUUCUUGGAUUGGUCUGUUCAGAGACAUCUGGAUGUGGGUAGACAAGAGUAACUUCUCUGCCUUUGGUUGGUUGAGAGGAUCACCGUGGGGUGUUGGGCAAAAUGAUAAUUGUGGUUCUAUUGUUAAUGGCCUUGUUGAUGCUGCACUAUGCUCUGAUAUACUGCCUUUCUACUGCCUCAGAGAAUUUACAAAAAAACAAAUCAUAAGAAUAAAGAUUAGAUCAAAUCAGGAUGUGAACGAUCCUGCAGUGAAGGCAGCAAUCUUACAGAAGAUCAAGCAAAAACUGGAGGAACAUGGGAUAUCAAAUAACUCCACAAUAAAAUGGAGAGAGCAACCAGAUGGCAUGGUGUUUUAAAAGAUAAAAGUAUCUAAGGCCAAUCAAAUAUGUAUAAACUAAUUCUAUUAAUUUAAGCAUUCUUUUUUAAAGAUAGAAAUUGAACAGACCUUAAACUUCAGUGCUUUUUAGACUGCAAUUCUACAUAAAACAAUCAUAAUCAUCUUUAAUUAGUA